UGUAUGCGAGGCUUGGUCACAAGGUUUGUAUUCGAUCCAUUUCAAAAUGGCUGACAAGAGAAGAAGAAGAUGACGAAAUAGAGCUGUUCAAAGGUUGUAUCUCCAGCAACUCCAAGAUGAAGCUUGUGAAUAGGAAUCUGGAGAAGGAUGGCAGUGGGCAUAUAACGAUGAUUCCCGAGCAGGCAGAGGACAUGUGGCAUGCCUACAAUUUGAUUGCUGUGGGUGAUAGACUGAGGGCAACUACUAUUCGUCGCGUGCAGACAGAGUCGGCAACAGGGUCUACCAGCAGCAGUAAGGUCCGCACUAUGCUGACGGUUGCCGUGGAAGCAGUUGACUUUGACACCCAGGCAUGCACCCUUCGAGUAAAAGGACGAAACUGUGAAGAGAACCAGUAUGUGAAGAUGGGUGCAUAUCAUACAAUUGACCUUGAGCUAAACAGAAAGUUUACCCUGGUGAAACACUUCUGGGAUUCUAUUGCUCUGGAACGAGUUGAUAUGGCUUGUGAUCCUACACAACACGCAGAUUUAGCCGCUAUUAUCCUCCAUGAAGGUCUUUGUCAUAUUUGCCUUGUGACUUCUUGUAUGACAAUAGUCCGUGCUAAAAUAGAAAUCAACAUUCCUAGGAAGAGGAAAAAUUUCUGCAGCCAGCAUGACAAGGGCUUGUUAAAGUUUUAUGAUGCAAUAAUUCAAGGUGUUCUACGACAUAUUAAUUUUGAUGUUGUGAAGUGUGUCCUGGUAGGAAGUCCAGGAUUUGUUAAGGAUCAAUUUUGCGAAUACAUGUUCCAGCAAGCCACCAAGAUGGACUGGAAGGUCAUAUUAGACAACAAAUCCAAGUUUCUUAUGGUUCACGCAUCUUCAGGGCACAAGCAUGCAUUAAAAGAAAUUCUUUCUGACCCUGCUAUAGCAAGCAGGCUAGCCGAUACCAAGGCAAGCAGUGAAGUUAAAGCGCUGGACACAUUUUACAACAUGCUACAAAAUGAACCCGAGCGGGCAUACUAUGGGAUCAAUCAUGUUGAAAAAGCUAAUGAAGCCAUGGGAAUAGAGACUCUUCUUGUUACUGACGAGUUAUUCAGAUCAAGCGAUAUACCCACACGUAAAAGAUAUGUCAAUCUUGUUGAAAGUGUGAAGGAAAAUGGUGGUGAAGUCAAAGUAUUUUCAAGUCUUCAUGUAUCAGGAGAGCAACUCGGUCAGCUGUCAGGUGUAGCCGCUACUCUACGAUUCCCGAUGCCUGACAUUGCUGAUGAAGAAGAAGAUGAAGCCGACGAAUUGGACCCAUGAGAUAUCCAUGAGAUGUAACAUGUUAUCAUAAGUGUGCAUAGUGACAAAGAGGAGCUAGACCCUUGAGAUAUCACAUGAGUAUAUGUAGCUAGGUAGAUCUCUUUUAAAUUUGCCAAGAGAAGCUAUUCUUUAGGCAGAAUACCUUUUGUACAAAAAAGAUGCUAUUCUUUAGGAAGAAUACAUCUUGUACAAUAGAGAUGUUAUUCUUAAGGCGAGAGAAAUCUUGUACAAAAGAGAUGCCAUUCUUUAGGCUAGAGACAUCUUGUACAAAAGAGAGGCUAUUCUUUAGGUGGAAUACAUCUUGUUCAAAAGAGAUGCUAUUCUCUAGGUGAGAGACAUCUUGUACAAAAUAGAUGCCAUUCUUUAGGCGAGAGAAAUCUUGUACAAAAGAGAUGCUAUUCUCUAGGUGAGAGACAUCUUGUACAAAAGAGAUGCCAUUCUUUAGGCAAGAGAAAUCUUGUACAAAAGAGAUGCUAUUCUCUAGGCGAGAGACAUCUUGUACAAAAGAGAUGCCAUUCUUUAGGCGGUAGACAUUUUGUACAAAAGAGAUGCUAUUCUUUAGGCAAGACAUCUUGUAGACCAAGAUGGAUAUUAAAAUUCCCGAGUCAGCUGAUUCUAUUUUUUAAUAUAAGAAGUGCAAAGCAUGUUCCAAAGGGAAUCAGUUAUAAAUUGUAUGUGAUGCAAUGUUGAUGAUAAGAAACUAAAUCACAAAGAUCUAUGAAGAGCCUUGUCCAAAAAAAUAAAAUUUAUUUAUUGAUAA